AUGUUGGCAAAAAUUGUCUGUCUUUUAGCAGUUAUUGUAGUGAUCAGUGGUAACCAUCAUGACGGCGGAUACUCAUCAUCGCACCGACUACAGGACAACCACGGAAAUUACAAGUUUGGCUACAAUAUAAAGGACAAAUGGGGCGGUGAGAAUGCACGAGAGGAAAAGGGUGGCCCACAUGGAGGUGUUGUCGGAUCAUACAGUUUAUACAGUCCCAAGGGAGGCAAACGAACUGUCCACUAUGUCGCCGAUAAGCAAGGAUUUCGAGCACAGAUACAAACCAAUGAACCGGGAACUGGCAAUCAGGACGCGGCCGAUGCCAUCAUUAAUGGUGUAGACCACUCUCAUGGCUAUAAUGGCAAUCAACAUAACUAUCAUCAGAGCCAUAAUAAUCAUAACAACAAUCAUAAUGGUUAUAGCGCUCAGGCCUACGUUGACCAUGAUAACAAUAAUUAUGAUAGUCAGGGUAGAGGUUUCAAUAAUAAUAAUGACUAUUAA